UCUGCUGAUAGGGUAGGGCUCCGCUGCGUCUGGGCAAAAUCACAUCGGACAGUUUGGGAUAAGAGCUUUUGUUUGCUGCUCCACUUCAGGGUGCGACUGGCUAUAAAGAAAAGCAAAUCAAAACUGCCAAUGUUUUAAAAAAAAAAGCUGCAAAAAUGUGGAUAUUUGAACUCGCUUUCCUUGUCGGUGUGUGGUUAACGGUGAGUGCCCAGGGACCUGAAUUCAGCUAUGGCUGCGCCGAGGGAAGCUGCUAUCCUGCCACCGGCGACCUCCUGAUUGGCCGUGCUGACCAACUAUCUGCCACAUCUACUUGUGGUCUCCAUCGACAGGAACCUUUCUGCAUCGUCAGCCACCUACAGGAAGAAAAGAAAUGUUUUGUCUGUGAUUCAACUGUGAUAUAUGAUGAGAAUGUAAACCAUACAAACAGCCACCGCAUUGAAAAUGUGGUCACAACAUUUGCUCCCAACCGACUGAAGACAUGGUGGCAGUCUGAAAAUGGUUUGGAAAAUGUCACUAUUCAACUUGAUCUGGAGGCUGAAUUUCAUUUCACCCAUCUCAUUAUGACAUUCAAGACUUUCCGCCCUUCCUCCAUGCUCAUUGAAAGGUCUUCUGAUUUUGGGCAUACUUGGCAGGUGUACCGCUAUUUUGCAUAUGACUGUGAAUCAUCCUUCCCAAGUAUUUCUCAUGGACCUAUGAAGAAAGUGGAUGAUAUCAUCUGUGACUCACGCUAUUCGGACAUUGAACCAUCUACAGAAGGAGAGGUCAUCUAUCGAGUGCUUGAUCCCGCAUUUAGAAUUGAAGAUCCCUAUAGUCCCAGAAUUCAGAACAUGUUAAAAAUCACAAACUUGAGGAUUGUGUUCACGAAGCUGCAUACCCUGGGUGAUAACUUACUGGACUCCAGGAUGGAAAUUAAGGAAAAGUACUAUUAUGCAAUCUAUGACAUGGUUGUUCGAGGUAACUGCUUCUGCUAUGGACACGCCAGUGAAUGCGCUCCUAUUGAUGGAAAUGAAGUUCUUGUGGAAGGAAUGGUGCAUGGUCAUUGCAUGUGCAGGCACCACACCAAAGGUUUAAACUGUGAAUUUUGUGACGACUUCUAUCAUGAUCUUCCCUGGAGGCCAGCUGAGGGACGGAAUAGUAAUGCGUGCAAAAAGUGUAACUGCAAUGAACAUUCAAACAGAUGCCACUUUGAUAUGGCUGUGUAUAUGUCAACUGGGAAUGUCAGUGGGGGUGUAUGUGAUGAUUGCCAGCACAACACCAUGGGCCAUAACUGUGAACAAUGCAAACCAUUCUUUUUCCGGCAUACAGAGAGAAAUCUCCGUGACCCCAGCAUCUGUGAGCCGUGUGACUGUGACCCUCUUGGCUCUCUGAAUGGUGGAAUUUGUGAUCGUCACACUGAUUUCACAGCUGGCCUUAUUGCUGGACAGUGCCGUUGUAAACCAAAUGUUGAGGGGGAGCGUUGUGACAGGUGUAAAGAGGGUUACUAUGACUUGAGUGAUGACCCAUUAGGAUGUCAACCUUGUACUUGUAAUCUCCUGGGAACUCACCCUGGAGGAAGCCCUUGCAGCGCAGACACCGGAGACUGUUAUUGUAAAAGUCAUGUGAUGGGGAAGAAUUGUGAUCAGUGUGUACCUGAACACUGGGGACUAAGCAAUGAUCUGGAAGGAUGCAGACCUUGUGAUUGUGACUUGGGUGGUGCCUUCAAUAAUGAUUGUUCACCAGAUUCUGGACAGUGUGAGUGUCGAGACCACAUGUUUGGAAGGCAAUGCAAUGAUGUUGAACCUGGCUUUUACUUUAUUGGCCUUGACCAUUAUACAUAUGAAGCAGAAGAAGCCAACUUUGGUCCAGGACUAAGCAUAGUUCAGAGACCCUACCCACAAGACCGCUUACCAACUUGGACAGGACCUGGAUUUGCAUAUGUACCAGAGGGAGGCUAUUUGGAGUUUUAUAUUAAUAAUAUUCCUUAUUCAAUGGAAUACGAUAUUUUAAUUCGCUAUGAACCACAGUUACCAGAGACAUGGGAAGAAGCCGUGAUAACUGUAGUCCGCCCAGGCAUUAUUUCUACUAGCAGCAGAUGUGGAAACACAAUGCCUGAUGAUGACAGACAAGUUGUGUCUUUGCCUCCAGGCUCCAGAUAUGUAGUGUUGCCAAGGCCUGUAUGCUUCGAAGAAGGACUGAAUUAUACUGUCCGCUUGGAAUUGCCACUGUAUUCUUCUUCAAAUGAUGGCCAGUCUCCUUACAUGCUGAUAGAUUCUCUUGUCCUCAUGCCUCACUGUAAAAGUUUGGAAAUAUUUACUGGCAAUGGUGGUAGUGUUGACACAAACAGUGCUUGGGAUACCUUCCAGAGAUAUCGCUGUCUAGAGAACAGCCAGAGUGUGGUAAAAACCCAAAUGACUGACAUCUGUAAAAAGAUCAUCUUUAGUAUUUCCGCCCUUCUCCAUGAGGGGGCAUUAUCAUGUGAAUGUGAUCCUCAAGGUUCUGUUAGUGCAUUGUGCAAUCCAAAUGGUGGCCAGUGCCAGUGUCGACCGAACGUUGUGGGAAGAAAUUGUGACAAGUGUGCCCCAGCUACCUAUCUUUUCGGGCCUUCUGGUUGCAGAUCUUGUGAAUGCAAUUCCCAAGGCUCUAUUAACCCUUUUUGCCACCAUGAAACUGGACAGUGCCAAUGCAUUGAAGGAGCCUAUGGUCGUCAGUGUGAAAGAUGCCUGCCGGGAUACUGGGGUUUUCCUAACUGCCACCCCUGUAAUUGUAAUGGGCAUACAGACCACUGUGAUCCUCACACUGGGGCAUGUAUUGGCUGCAGGGAUCAUACAACUGGCCAUCACUGCCAAAGGUGUUUGAAUGGUUACUAUGGUGAUCCAGUUCUUGGUUCUGGGGAUCACUGUCGGCCCUGCCUAUGUCCAGAUGGCCCACACAGUGGACGACAGUUUGCUAACGACUGCUACCAGAACACAGAGUCUGAACAGGUGGUCUGCGCCUGUAACCCAGGGUACACAGGUGUCAGAUGUGACCAAUGUACUCCAGGCUACUAUGGCAACCCUGAUGUAACAGGAGGAGCAUGUCAGCCAUGUCGGUGUAAUAACAACAUUGACAUGCUGGACCCAGACUCUUGUGACGUACGCACUGGUUUGUGCUUGAAAUGUCUCUACCACACAGAAGGAGAAAGCUGUGAACGUUGUAUGCUUGGCUAUUUCGGAGACGCAGUAAACCACAGCUGUAGAAAGUGUUCAUGUAAUUAUUUGGGCACAGCAAAUGAAACAUGUCCAUCGAACAACGAAUGCCACUGUGACCGUGACAACGGGCAGUGCCAAUGCCUUCCAAAUGUGAUUGGUCAAAACUGUGAUCAGUGUGCACUGGAUACCUGGAAUCUGGCUAGUGGUCAAGGAUGUGAAUCUUGCAAUUGCCAUGAAACACAUUCAUUUAGCUCAUCCUGCAAUGAGUUGACAGGUCAGUGUUCGUGCAAGCCAGGAUUUGGAGGGCGGACAUGCAGCAACUGUCAAGAGCUCUUCUGGGGCGACCCUGAAGUAGAGUGUAAAGCUUGUGACUGUGAACCAAAUGGUAUUGACACACCUCAGUGUGACCGCAUCCAUGGACACUGUUCUUGCAGGGAAGGCAUCGCUGGUGUCAGAUGUGACAAGUGUGCAAGAGGCUAUUCUGGAAUAUUUCCAGACUGUGUAAAGUGUCAUCAGUGCUUUGCUGAGUGGGAUGUCAUCAUUGCUGACUUAACCAACAAGACUCACCACCUAGUAGAAAAAGUGAUCUCUGUUAAAGCCAGUGGAGUUAUAGGACCAUACCAGGAGAAAGUGGAUAAAAUGGAGCAAAAUUUAAAUGACAUCAGAAACUUCUUAGCCCAAAAUCCUGCAGCACAACCACUGAGUGAUAUUGAAAGGCUAUUGGAAGAGUCUCAAAAACUGAUUACAGAGGUCUCUCAGAAGUUGAAUGCUACUGAACUGCAGCUUGACUCUGUUUCGUCUGAUAAUAAUGGAACAGAUACUGAGCGGGAAAUCCUUCAGGCGGAUGCUGAAAACUUAAACAAAACAGUAAAGGAGCUUUCCGAUCAACUGGAAUUUGUUAAAAAUUCAGAUAUUAGAGGUGCCUUAGACAGUAUUACCAAAUACUUCCAGGAAUCAAAAGAUGCAGAGUCAAGGGCAAAUGCUUCUGCUACUGACCCUGGGAGUGUAGUAGAACAAUCCUCGGCAGUUCGUCAGCAAACUGAAAUGUUAAUGAAUGAAACAAUGUCUGAGUUUGUGGAAAACCAAAAGGAAUAUGCCCAAAAACUAGAUGAUCUGGCUGCUGAACUGGAGACAUUAGACUUGUCAGAACUGAGUGAAAAGACAUGUGGGCAGACAGCUGGAGGGCCAUGCACAGAAGAAAAAUGUGGAGGACUGAGCUGCAGGAAUGAAGAUGGCUCCAUGAAAUGUGGAGGCGAAGGCUGUGAUGGCUUAGUAACUUUGGCUCACAAUGCCUGGAAGAAGACUAUGGAUUUUGAUAGAGAAAUUCUCAGCGCAUUAGCAGAAGUUGACAAGCUUUCUAAAAUGGUGGCUGAGGCAAAGGUCAAAACGGAUGAAGCAAAACUAAACGCCCAGGAAGUUCUUGAAAAAGCAAAUGCGACCAAGCAGAAAAUUGACAGAACCAAUGAAGACCUGAGGAAUCUCAUCAAGCAGAUCCGGGAAUUUCUUACACAGGACGGAGCAGAUCUUGAAAGCAUUGAAGCAGUUGCUAAUGAAGUUUUAAAAAUGCAAAUGCCCACAACACCUGAGCAACUGAAGAUGUUGACAGAUGAGAUACAAGAACGAGUGGGGAGUUUAUCAGAUGUGGAGGAUAUCCUUAACCAGAGUGCUGACGAUAUUCAUCGUGCAGAAUCCUUGCUUGCUGAAGCUAAGAAAGCUAGCAAUGAAGCAACAGAUGUGAAGAACAAAGCCGUUCUAGUUAAAGAAGCUUUGGAGGAGGCAGAAAAAGCCCAGAAUGCUGCGGAGAGAGCAAUUAAACAAGCAGAAAUUGAUAUCGGUGGGACUCAUAACCUCCUGACCUCAAUAAAAAAUGAGACAAUGGCUUCUGAAAGCACAUUAAACAAUGCAACUGAGAGAAUUGCUAAGUUGGAAAAGGAUAUUGAUAACCUAAUACAGAAAGCCACAAACAACAGUAUUGCGGCUGAAGAUGUAGACAAAGUAAUAAUGCAAGUCAAUCAAGAUGCAGAGGCAGCCAAAAAGGAGCUUGACAAUGACCUGAAAAAUAAGUACGAUGAUGUAGAAGGUCUAAUUUCAGAGAAAUUUCAAGGCAUUGCAAGUGCAAAAACAAGGGCAGAACAACUACAAAACGAGGCUAAAGAUCUGUUGUCACAAGCCAGUGGUAAACUACAGGUGCUGAAAGAUUUAGAGAAAAAAUAUGAAGACAAUCAAAGAAUCUUAGAAGAUAAAGCAGAACAGUUAUCAAGGCUAGAAGAGGAUGUACGUCUGCUGUUGCAGGCUAUCAGCCAGAAAGCUGCUGUUUAUAGUACCUGUUUUUGAAUAAACAAAAUGAAUAAAUAAAAAAUCCAGUUAAAAACUAGAUUUUUGAUUUUUUAGUUACUGAACUUUAACAUAUGGAAGCCAUCCAAAACAUUUAAAUGAACUAACAAGUAUUGUUUGUGUUUUUCCCCAUAAAAACUAAAAUGUGAUCCAACCUUUCACCAAUAGGAAGAUGCAGUUAAAUUCUUAUUGAACACAUAAUCUCUGUAUGAGUGCAUGAUUAUUUCAGAAAUUUGGACUUGUAAUGGCAUAAAUCUGAUAAUGGUUAUUAAUUCAGCAUUUAUUUACCAAAAAAAUAUAUAAAUCACAAUUUAGAAUCA